GAUAGAAAUACUUACUAGAGAUACAAAGUCCCAUAAGAUCGAUGGGGUUUUGAAAGUUUUUCAAACGAAAAAGUUUACACAGACAAUCAUAAUCAUGGAGUUUUCAUAUGGUCAAUACGCUUCAGAAGACAAGGAUACUGACGAUCAAGUGAAAUUGAGUUGCAAUGCAAAAAGAAUUUUAAACAAAUUACUUGAUAAAGUCCCAUGUGAGAAAGCACGAGUUUAUACUAUUCAAAGUGUUAAUGGAAAUAUUAGUAUAAAAUAUAUGGUGCGACCUUUACCUUCAAUAUAUCUGUAUGAAGAGUUUGUUAGCAUCAAAAUACCUAUGACUUUUGAUGAUAUGGAAGAAUUUGCCAAAAGUAUGCAAACCCUUAUGGAUUUUCAGAAUAAUCAACCUAUAAAUAACAAUCAAACAAAUAUGGUAGGAUAUGGAUCCCCAAUUUUUAAUGGACAUCCUGGCGAAGAUCCAGAAGAUUGGCUUAGAGAAUUUCGAAGAUAUGUAGUGGCUAGUAGAAUAAAUAUUACUCCUGGUGUUGGAGGAGUCGCUGGAAGAGCAGAGGCAUUAGGAUUGGCAAUAUAA